AUGAGGUUUCAUCGGUGUCUGUUUGUUCUCUUGGCUCUGCUCGUGAUUGGGUUGCGUGCAGCAGAGGUGGACUUGGAUGAGUUUCCUUCUUGUGCAAUUACUUGCGAUGAGCAACUAUUUUCUGACUGCUCGCUCAACAACACUUCCUGUUUCUGCACUAGUGAUUCGCGUCCAACUUCGUUAUUGAACUGUGUUUCGAGCAACUGUACUGUGAAGGAGUACUUUACCACAUAUAAACUCUAUGAGAAAGAGUGCAACAUCACACCUCGUCAAGGCCCUUCUGUGGUCAGUGCUGCAACGUUGGUUCCUUUUAUCCUGGCCACGUUUUUCUUCAUAACAAGAAUCAUUGCCAAGAGUAGUGGUCUGGCAGGAGGAUGGGGUUGGGACGACUAUACCAUCAUUGUUGCCUUUAUACUCGGCGUUGCCAUCUAUGCUAUUAACUGUGAAAUGAUUCGUUAUGGCUUUGGCCGCAAUAUCUGGGAUGUACCAUUCUCCGACAUCACCAAGUUCUACCAGCUCUUCCAAGGCCUUGCCGUGAUGUAUAAGAUCCAAAUUUCUCUCUCAAAGAUCUCCGUGUGCCUCUUCCUCCUCCGAAUCUUCCAGACCCGCUCAUUCCGAUAUGCCGCAUAUGCCCUGAUCGGUGUGAAUGCUGGCAUUGGCAUUUCCUGGGCCUUUGUUGAUUCCCUUCGUUGCUUGCCGACUCGUUUGACGUGGACGGGCUGGACGGGCGAGGAGUCUGGACAGUGCAUCAAUUUCAUCGUCUCUAUCCUUAUUAACUGUCUCGUCAAUAUCUUUGUUGACUCGGUCUUAAUUCUGAUGCCCGUUUGGGAGGUGAUCAAAUUGCAGCUACCACUGAAAAAGAAGAUUGCUGUGGCAUUGAUGUUCGCAGUGGGAUCAGUGCUCACUAUUAUCGCCAUCAUUCGAGUCGUCGUAUUCUGGAACAAUCGCUGGGGCAUCAACCAGACCCUUGGGUUGUUCCCUCUUAUCCACUGGUCCGUGAUUGAGGUCCAGAUCUCCGUCAUGUGUGCCUGCCUGCCUGCAUUCAGAGCCCUCGUUGGUCGCUGGUUCCCUGGCUUGAUUGGAUCUGCCCGCCGAACGUACGCUUCGCACACCAGGGAAGGCUACAACAAACAUACUGGGGAAAACAGCAACAUCAACAAAUCCGUCAGCUAUUCGGUGAAUUAUACCUCCCGAUCGGAGACGCACAGCGUGGUAGAGUUGGUGGACGUCGAUUCGAAGCACCGUGCAUGA